UUUAUCAAGUGAUUUUUUUCUGACACUUGGCAUCAACAAUCUAUAGGCCUACAAGCAUCCGCAUUUUGGGCGGAAAUUACAGUGGACGUCCGAGGCUACACUUCCUCGGGACAUUUGGUUCCAUGUAGGUCAUGCUCUUAGGGGUCGGUGACUGACUACCGUGCACAUUUAAGUUAGGCGCUUCGGUGAGGGGUGGCCGUGGGGUUUUCCCACGAAAUGUAGCGGCUCAAUCUGAUUAUUCGCUAAAGAUAUUCAGGAAACGAAUGAAGUCUGCACUGGUAGUCUUUACCAGAUGAUGGCCGAAAGAAGUCCUUUGUCUCGGAGUCCACAGUGUUAGGAACAAGAACCGGCAGUUUGCGUCAGCACGUAGGGUCUAUCAGCUUGCACGAACUACCAAGCAGACUGUUAACCCGUAAUGGGGACGAGCCUUGGCCUGACAUAUUGUCCUAGUCUGACGAAUAUUUGAAGUUGUUACUUAAAACAAACCCGGACGGUUGAACUGAAUCACCAACACUCCUCAACGGUCACUGGAACAAAGCCUACUGAACCGCGAAUCAGUCACAAGAGAAGUUUCAACGCAGUCACAAACGAAAUGACGGCGACAGUGAUGGCAGAGAACAUGACAGUCGUUAGCACCGUGCCUGUAGAUUGGCUGUCAACAAAUUUCGUAUCAGAUGGAGUAGUUCAGGCGACUGGGGGGGACAUCGCUUCAGACAUGAUGACUUCAGUAGUGAUGGAAACCACGACGCAAGGUGACGGUCGAAACUUUCGCUUUGAAGACCCCGUCCAGAGGAUCAUCAUCGGCUGCAUCUACAGCCUCGUGGCGGUGGUCGGCUUCUCGGGGAACUUCAUGGUGAUUCUGGCGGUCAUUUUGUCCAGGAAGCUCCAGACGCGCACCAACGUCUUCGUCGUCAACUUGGCUGUGGCCGACCUGGUGACUUGUAGCACUACACCGUUCACCGCGUUGGCCCUGUUCAGCAUGAACGGCUGGCCCUUACCGCUGACGGUAUGCGCUGUCAUGGCCGGUCUGUUCUACGUCAGCCUAGCCUGUAGCAUCAUGAACCUGGCUCUCAUUGCAAUCAACCGCUUCAUUCUCAUCACGAAGUCUUCUAAGACAUACCAGUCGAUCUACACUCCUAAGAAGAUCGCUGCCAUGUUAGUCUUCUCCUGGGGUUACCCGGCUCUAGUCUGCUGCUUUCCUCUAUUUGGAAUCGGCAAGUGGGGUUAUUCCGAAAAGUACAAGACUUGCACCCAAGACACCUCCCACGAAACGAGCGAUCUCUUCAGUUUGCUGGGCUCUGUCCUCAUGUAUCCCAUUCCACUGAUCAUCCUGUUUGUCUGCUACUUCAAGAUUUACCGCCACAUCACCGGUCACAUGAAGAAGUUGAGUGGGCAAGGUCAGGAGUUGGCCGAGUCUUCCGGCUCCUCAACCUCCAGCACGAAGAAACUCAGCAAGAACCGACCGGCCAGUUUCAGCAAGAGACAGGUGGAAAUCACCAAGAACCUUUUCUACGUGGUCUGUGCCUUCAUCGCCUGCCUGGCUCCCUUUGCUAUCGCCCUCACGAUACCACCCAGCGAUCCCGCAAUCCCGUGGACCGGCAUGAUCAUCAUCUUCAACAGCGCUAUCAACCCGAUCAUCUAUGGGGCCAAGCACCCACACUUCAAGGAGGUGUUCCGUCACAUGUUGCGGUGCCGGUACCACAUGAUCCCAGAGCCAUCCAGCUGCCUGCGUAAGAUCAGAUCCAGAUAAACGCCUGCCAUCAACACAUUCCCUCAUUGUGUAUGUAUAUUUGUUCUGAACAUCAAGAGUUAUUUUAAAGAUGGAUUUGCGCCGGGGAGAUGUAAUUUAAUUAAAAAAAAAAUGUUUGG